UCAAUGAGACAAACGUCAACGUCAAUUUAAACGUUGAUGGCGGUCCUCGCGAGCAGAGGCCUGAGAGGCAACUCGGAGGAUUUGAACGAUACAAGAAAAGCGGUGGAAAAUGCGGAAAGUCGCGCGCGUCUCAAUCACAAGAAAAGCGAUUGCAAGGUGGUCUCGAAGAAUAAUCGAGAAUACGCGCAAUCUUUGCAUGGCGAAGCUGAUCAGUUAUACCGCAGCGGUGAUUACGAGUCGGCAUUAGUACUGUAUCAUAGAGCAGCGAACUUGUAUCCGAGGGACAGCAGUCACGGUGUUGCGGCUAGGAGGACCGCAGCGACGAUAAGCUCUUGCAAUAAUCCGUCGAAAGCUUUGCGGAAGGUUUUACCCAGCUCUGGAGAGCGAUUAACGGCUGCCCUAUGUCCGGAAACCGCCGCUAUAAUGGCGAACGAGCAGCUGAAGAAGUCGCCCGAACCUAUGUCGAUCCCCGAGGUACUUAGGUACGUUACAAAAUUUAUUACCGAGUACGUGGAAAAAUUUCGAAGCUGCUAUUUCGACAGCCACAAAAGCUACUGGAAGAGCCUUCCGUCUCCUCGAAUCUCCAAUACUCAGCUAGCAAGAUCCAAGAUGAUGUUCAAACAAUUAAACAAUCUUGCUGAGACUACAUUGAAGAAUCUAGAGGCGUCUUUCCAGUCUGGAAAAGUAUCCAUCGCUCUGAAGAUCACUCAGGAGUUACUCGUGCUAUCGGAGGGCUUGCACGACCCUAGUCGCUAUCAGAUAGCUGCCUAUCAUUAUUUAUCCUUGAUCCACGUGGCCAUGGGAAGACACGACCGAGCAGUAUGUAGCGUAUCACGUUUGAUACGCUUGUCGAAGAGUACCGCGGAUGUGGUUCAGAUCUGUCGGUCAUUGGUAACCUUGGGAAAAGUGCAUCUCAGCUUUGGACACCUCGACGCAGCAGCCAAGGCAUGGGAGUACUUGUCCAAGCACUUGAAGAAACCGAUUCCCGUGGCUUGGAUCAAACACGAGAUUGGCAGAUGUUACUUGGAGACUGGAAAAUAUGAAAAAGCAAUGGAAAUGGGUUUCAGGUGCGUGGAAGCGGCAACAAAAGCCCAUUCAAAGAAGUGGAUGCUUAAUGGAAGACUGUUGCUAGGUCAAAGCCUAGCUAAGUUAGGCAGAUUCGUGGAAUCGCUGGAGGAGCUACAGAUAGCGGCGAAGAUCACCGAGGAAGAGGGUGAUACCCCGAUGCUGUCCUACAUCCGCGAUCUUAUCGACCAAGUGGCGCGCGCCCUCCGCAAGAUCCCGUUCGAGAACAGCCACUGGGAGGUCGUCGAGUCGGUCAUUUCGCACGGCCAAAAAGCCAAGCAAGAUUUGAGUUUGUUUGUUAGCGGCAAGGGAACGGUGACAACUACGGUAUUCUCGCAGAGGAAAGCGAUUAUCGAGCGAAGAGACGAUUCCGGCAACGAGGACACGUCGGUUGACGAAGACGAGGAGAUAACGACGCGGUCGAACAAGACAGCGAAUUUAGCCCGCACUUAUCGCGAAUGUACCGCUCAAUCGGAUCUAGAAAAGGAACAGUACGUUUCUCAAGGUGAUGCCACGUUCAGAGUAGAUAUCGAGAGGAAGAAAAUUUCUCCUUCGUCUUCUAGCUCUUCCUUAACCUCUCUUAUAUCCACCAUCGAUGCGCGAGAAGAAGAAAGUAGAACCGUUGAAGAUAAUUUGGAGAAGAUAGCGGAUAGAGGAGGAGACAACGUACAGGAGGAGGAAGAUACGCCGAAGCGUGAAAAUAAUAGCACAGUAUCCGGAAGAAGCGUGAACACGAUGGCUACGUACGUCAUAGAGGAGGAAGGAUCCAUGUUGGAGAAUGUAAAACAGGCGUCCGGUAACGAGGAAGAGGAUAGCGAGAAAGCGACGGACAGAGGAUCCUGCAAGUUGGUUGGGUACGAGGAUAAGAUAGGGGAACAGAGAGGGGAUAUGCUAAAUGCUCUCCGCGUGAUCGAAGAACUGGGAAAGAAGGACGAAGUGGAAUUGCUGGAGAUGCUCAGGGACAUGCUGUUGUCGACCGACGAGGAAGGUCGACCAGACGAUUUAGGGAAUUCGGGGGAUGGUUUCCGGACGUCGAGAUCCGGGGCGGAUAGGCAGAACGAGGUCGUGGCAAGUCGUUCGAUCCGGACGACCUCUUUGCCGUCGAGCCCUCGCAAGUAUCACGCCGAUGGCGAUUUUCGUGACUGUGCAAUGCCUUUGGAAUUUAAUUAA